UUUUCUCCUUAUUGGGGUUGGAAACGCAGAUUUUAGUUUUCUCCGUUUGAUGUGGGGUGGCUUCGUUUCCUCUUUAGUGUCGAACUGUAGCGGUUUUUUUUCUCUUUUCCCGCGGCUUCCUUUCAUGUAGUGUCAAGACACAUUGUUUUUUGUUUGGUUUUCCACCUCCCUGUCGUGGAAUUUAAUCUAAGAUAUGCUAAAAUUGAAGAUGAAAGUGAAGUCAUGGUUCCGAAGGGAAAGAGACAAAGGCUUUUUAUUUUGAGUACAAGUAAUGGAGCGUGGUUGUGGGCUUCGCAGAACGUGCCGUUUUUUGUGAAUGAUUGUGGAAAACACUAUUUUCAACUCUUAAAAGAAGAAGCCCAUGAGGUUCCAUUUUCUUACCAAUGUAGUUUCCCGCUGAAACUGCCAAAUGUUGAGUCUAUUAGCAAUUGAUCCUCCCAACCACCACCCUCUCAUGUCUUUGUCACCUUAGGGUUUAAUAAUUUCGUUCAACCCUUCCUCUCUCUCACUCUCACUCUGUGUCUCUGGGUUUGCUUUCAGGAUUUCACUGGCAGAAAGGCAAAGGAAGUUUGGAAAAGCCUGGCACACAGGACUAUCAAUCCUAUUCUCUUAAGGCCACGGAACCUUCCUUACCUCCCUGGUCAAUAACAGGUGUUAUCAAUAUGCAUAAUCAGAUCUGAAUUGUUGGAGGACGUCAACAAGGAAUACCAAUUUUUUGUACAGCACUUAUGGAGAUGUUUUCUGGUGUCUAUGGCUGCAAGCAGAAGCCAUCUGCAAUGAUUUGGUUAUGUGUUUUCCUGUUGCUAUUACUCCUAAGUGGUAGAGUAACUUCAUCCAAUUCCCCUUAUUUGAUUGGCUUAGGAAGCCAUGACAUAACAGGGCCUGCUGCUGAUGUCAACAUGAUGGGAUAUGCAAAUAUGGAGCAGAUAGCAUCUGGGGUUCACUUCAGGUUACGAGCUCGUACAUUCAUUGUGGCAGAACCCGAGGGGGAUCGUGUGGUUUUUGUAAACCUUGAUGCUUGCAUGGCCUCACAACUUGUCAAAAUAAAAGUUAUAGAAAGAUUGAGAGUAAGGUAUGGUAACCUGUAUACUGAACAGAAUGUCGCCAUUAGUGGUAUUCACAGCCAUGCUGGGUCGGGAGGCUAUCUUCAAUAUAUAGUAUAUAUUGUAACAUCUCUUGGAUUUGUACGGCAGUCAUUUGAUGUUCUUGUUGAUGGCAUUGAGAAAAGUAUUACAAUGGCUCAUGAUAAUCUUCGGCCAGGAUCAAUUUUUGUAAAUGAAGGAGAGAUCUUGGAUGCCAGUAUAAAUCGUAGUCCUAGUGCUUAUCUCAAUAAUCCAGUUGAAGAAAGGAGUAAAUAUAAGUAUGAUGUUGACAAAGAGAUGACCCUUAUUAAGUUUGUUGAUGAUGAGUGGGGCCCAGUGGGCAGCUUUAACUGGUUUGCAACUCAUGGAACUUCUAUGAGUCGUACCAACUCAUUGAUAAGUGGUGACAACAAAGGAGCUGCUGCACGAUUUAUGGAGGAUUGGUUUGAACAGAAUGUUUUCCUGAAUGGUUCUGAAAGCUCAUAUUUCGGUCAGUCUGGCUCUACCAGACUCCCUCGAAGAGUCUCAAGCAUAAUUCCUGAUCUCCAUGAAGAACGUGAGAAAUUGAUAGAACUUGCUGCUUCCUUCCAACCUUCUCAAGGAAAACCUGCAACAAGGUUCUCAAGUGUUUCAAGGCGAGUCAGGAGUGCUCUUAGGCAUGCUGACAAGCCUCAAUUCAUAUCUGCAUUCUGUCAAUCUAACUGUGGUGAUGUAAGCCCAAAUGUUCUUGGCACAUUUUGCAUAGACAGUGGGCUGCCUUGCGAUUUCUAUCAUAGUACCUGUAAUGGAAAGAAUGAAUUGUGCUACGGCCGGGGCCCUGGUUAUCCUGAUGAAUUUGAAAGUACACGUAUCAUUGGUGAAAGACAAUACAAAAAAGCUAUGGAACUGUUCAACAGUGCAACUGAGAAGUUGAGUGGGAAGAUUGUUUACCGACACAGUUAUGUAGAUUUCUCCAAACUUGAGGUCACAUUGUCCAAGGAGGGAGGGGUUACUGAAGUAUUGAAAACAUGCCCAGCUGCUAUGGGGUUUGCUUUUGCUGCAGGAACCACUGAUGGACCUGGAGCUUUUGAUUUUAAGCAAGGAGAUAACAAGGGGAAUGUCUUCUGGAGUUUUGUGCGCAACUUGCUGAAAACACCAAAUAAGGAGCAGAUAGAGUGUCAUCUUCCGAAGCCUAUCUUGCUUGAUACUGGUGAGAUGAAGGAUCCAUAUGACUGGGCGCCCUCCAUACUUCCAGUUCAAAUUUUGCGAAUAGGGCAACUUGUCAUUCUCAGCGUACCUGGAGAAUUUACUACAAUGGCUGGCAGGCGUCUCCGGGAUGCUGUUAAGAGUGUGCUGUACGCUGGGGGUAGCGACUUGGACAGCAAUGUCCAUAUUGUUAUUGCUGGGUUGGCAAAUACAUAUUCACAGUAUGUGACCACCUUUGAGGAGUACCAGGUGCAGAGAUAUGAGGGAGCCUCUACUCUUUAUGGUCCGCAUACGCUCAGUGCCUACAUUCAGGAGUUUGAGAAACUAGCAAUGGCCAUUGUGAGAGAUGAACAGGUAGCACCAGGUCCACAGCCCCCGGAUCUCCUGCAAAGGCAAAUCAGCUUGCUACCGCCAGUUAUCCUGGACAUCACCCCUCCUGGAGUGAAUUUUGGGGAUAUUAAAACUGAUGUCCCUCCAAGAGCCAUCUUCAGGAAGCGGGACAUUGUUACAGUCACCUUCUGGUCUGCAUCUCCCAGGAAUGACCUCAUGACUGAGGGCACAUUUGCUCUGGUUGAGAUUCUUCAUAAUCAGGAGAGGUGGGUGCCAGCCUAUGAUGAUGAUGAUUUCUGCCUUCGUUUUAAGUGGGCGAGGUCUUCAAAACUAAGUCCUCUUAGCCACGCAACCAUAGAAUGGAGGGUACCGGAAUCCGCAGUUUUGGGUGUGUACAGGAUGACACAUUUUGGAGCUUCGAAGAACAUUUUUGGCUCAAUCCGCCACUUCACAGGUUCAUCUAGUGCCUUUAUAGUGGCAUAGAGUUGUAUUCAUUAUAUUAAUUACUGUUGUGAGUUAUGUCCAUUAGAUUCAUAUAGAUCUUGGCUUCAGUGCAUAGGUUUUCCAGAUAGCAAUACAAAAACAAGAAAGAUGCACGAGAAACUUGGCCUGAACAUCUUUUAUCUAUUGUGAAGAAAGGAAAAUGAGGAGGAGAUAUUCCCCUUUUGCUCAA